AUGAAUUCGGAUGUUAAACUAAUUAUUGAUAUAAAUCCUGGGAAAACACGAACAAAUCAAAAUAGACUUUCAUUAAUCAUCAUGAAUAAGCAACUUUGUCAUUAUUCGGCUCUCUUUCAUCUUCUUCUUCUAAGUUUCUACUGUUAUGCAUCACCUAUUCCAUCCGUUGAUGAACAUCAACAUCAUGAACCAUCAGUUUUGUCAACUAAAAUUCAUGAUCAAACGGAAAUGAUCGAACCAAUAGUUGCAAAUACAAAAAUCUUAUGUGCAGUUUAUGGAAUUUGUAAUGAUGAUGACGAUGAAUAUGAUCGUUCACAAGACAUUGGUGAUGACGACACAAAAUAUAAACGUCUAUCGGCUAGUUUAUUUCAUGGCAUUCCAAAAUUUGGUAGACGGGCAUUUUCAUCAGCGUUUGCUGGUAUACCCAAAUUUGGUUAA